AUGGCGGCAUCACUGUUCACUUUCUCCUCCACUUCAAGAAGAGUCGUCCCAGCUCCAAACUCUCCUCCUCUUCCCAUAUACAUCAAAUCCACAAAUGUCGUUUUCAACCCUGAUAUACCAGAUGUUCAUCGCGGCCUCGGACUUGAUGAUUUUGUCAAUUUCUUGGUCUCCUGCCGACUUCGAUACGCCAUCAGUGAGGUUCCAUCAGAGUUCUUUCCCGAACAAGUAUGUGAGUUCUACUACACUGCAACGGUUAAUGAUGAAAACAACAUCAUCUCUAGAACUAUUGGGCGUGGACGACACUCAGUUUUUAUCACUGCUGAUCUCCUCAGCGUUGCGCUCCGGUUACCAAUUUUUGAGCCAUUCUCUGAGCUUCCAACAAUUGAACGCUGUCGACGCCUCUUUGAUAAACUAGGCUAUGAUCACUCGAAGGCUGGUGCUCGAUCAGCUCUCAUUCUGCGUCAAUGUAUGACUCCAGGAUUGAAGUUCUUCACCGGGGCACUGUGCAAAUGUGUGGGUCACAAAUCUCGCAGUGGUGAUCAACUGAAUAUUUAUGAGCAACAAGUUGUAUGUUCCCUUCUUCUCAACAAACGUCUUGAUUAUGGGGCUUUCUUCUUUGAUCAGCUUGUCCAACUUCUUCGUGCCAAUGUACGCGCUGAUCAUGUCCCCUUUCCACGCUGGAUUGCUCUUGUCCUGAAUAAAAUUUUCACUGAAGCCUACUACUCCCACUCUAGAAACCCUAUCCAAUGCCCACGCAUGUCAGUACGAAUGUAUUAG